AUGGCAAGAGGGAGAAAACCAGGGCUGAAAACGGUGCAAAAUGCUGUGAAAGAAACAGAAACGAAAGGGGAAAGUAGCUCUAAGCAAGAAGAAAGGGUGAUUGCAAUGGAAAUCGUGGAGAACGUGGGAACGGAUGGGGAAUCAGCAAACCCUAAAUUGAAAGAGCGUAUUGUAGAAUUGGCCAGCGCUGAACAAAAUAAGGGCAAGAAGCAACAGAAUGGAGUUUCAGAGGAAUCGGGGAAGAAGAAAUCGACAUGGGAAGAGAGUAUUGAAGGAGAGAAUCGAGCUACUACCUGGGACACAUUCAAUGUGAACAAAAUGCGUAGAUCUGGAGCCAAACUCGAAUUCAUUCAACCAAAAUAG